AUGAAGAAUAGUUACUACCAAGCCCAGACCAAUACGCAGGUCACUGGAGCAAAAUUGAUUGCGUCAGCCACUGUGUCAUCUUCCUCAACCUCGACAUCCACAUCUAAGUCCUCGACCAUCACCAGUUCCGUUUCGUCCUCGUCAUCCAAAACGACAGCUACAAUCAGGACUAGCACCAGCACCACCUCGGCUUUUGUGUGCACUACCAGCGCCUCCGGGUGGGAAGUACUCGGAGACUUGAAGAACAACGGCGCCAAAACCCCUGUGGGCACGAACAUUACUGGUGUUCUGACAGGUGACGCCGCUGAGGCCAAAACGGACGGGGGAUACACUCCUCCAGGCGCACGUGGAAGUACUGCCUGUAAAGCGGAUGUAUGUUGUAUCUGGUCUUAUAUCGCCGUCGACCUCCAACCUUUUUUCUUGAACAGCGACGGUACCUGCAAUCAAUGGGCUCGCAGAGCUGUUCGCCUUGGAUUCCACGAUGCUGCCGGCUGGUCUAAACCCAACAGUUUGGCAGGAAAGGACUACGGCGGUGCGGAUGGAAGCAUUGCGCUCUCUGCGGAAGAAGCAGCGCGAUCGGAGAAUGAGGGCCUAGAGGACAUCAUUGCCAAAGUCCAGGAAUGGCAAACCACUUAUGGGGUUGGAAUGGCAGAUCUCAUUCAGUUCGUCUCCAAUCUUGGCGCCGUGGUUUGUCCAAUGGGUCCUCGAGUGCGGACCUGGGUUGGCCGUAAGGACAGCUCAACGCCUGCUCCCACUGGCCUUCUACCAGCCGUCACGGACAGUGUCGACAAGAUCGUUUGCCUAUUUGGGGACAAGACGCUUAGCUACACCCAGCUUGCUGCGCUUUUGGGCGCCCAUUCCACAUCUCAGCAGUUCUUCGUUGACCCUAGCAAGGCUGGCGAACCACAAGAUGAUACGCCUGGGGUAUGGGACACGAGGUACUAUCAACAGCAUAGACCUGGCCAAACGGCACCAUCAGGGGUUUUCCAAUUUGCGAGUGAUUUGGGCAUUGCGAACGACACGCGCACUAAGAGCCAAUGGACGUCGUUUGCCAUAUCUGGCCGGGCAGCGUGGGCAGCGAGCUACGCUACCGCAUACGUCAGAUUGAGCCUGCUUGGUGUCAACAAUAUGAACAACUUGACAGAGUGCUCACACGUCUUGCCGAAAGCGGUACUCACGUUCCCCUGA